GCCUCCUAGACUGUUACUCCGCCUCCGCUACCAGGCUGCCGGCCAAACUAUCUAUAAAACUACCACCGCGGCGCCGCCACUAUUAUCGGCUCCUCUUCUUUUUAUUCUAUUGCUAAUUGGAAAACACCUUCCGACCUCCAUCCUCGGUACUAUCAAGCCCCAAACUUGCCAUAAGUUUUAAUCCACUCAGGGACAAAACAUAACAUGAAUUUGUCCACCUCAUGAAGCACAGUUAGCUUUUCAACAAAAGAGCAGUUUGAGCUCAAAAUCAGAGCUUGAUUUCUCCAAGGCAAAGCAGUCAAUUUCACAAGUUAGUGUGUGCUGAAAGAAAACGACAACAGGAAUGAGCUCCUUUUGUCAGCUUUGUGGCAAUGUUGGCUUUAGAGACGGUGAUGAUGGCUUCCUCUAUUGUAAUCGCUGCAACUCGCAAGUGGAUGAUUAUAUUGAGACUGAGAUUGAUCUGGAGGACAUUUUUAAUGGUGAACAAGCUAUUUACUCCAGCAAAAACGCUCGUCGUCCCAGCCGUGAUGAAAUGAGGCAAUCUCAGCUUGAAAGAGUACCUGAAGGGGUGGGAGAUUAUGGUGUUAUUGACGCAGGUCCUGAUAAUGGAUCUACUCAGCCCGCCGAUUUUGCAUCUACUCCUUCAAAUCUAAGUUAUGAUGACUUUCUUUCGGAGAUCAGGUCAAGGUACGUGAGGGGGUUUCAGAUUUUGAUUCAGUUGCAAGUUAAGGCUUUGGUUGAGAAAUUCAAUGUCAGCCCGUUAAUUGUUGGGCUGGUAGGACCUAUAUGGUUACGGUUACUAGCUAUUACAAGGAUCGUGGCUGAUGAAUGGGCAGAUGAGGCUAUAGAAGAAUCAGAGUCACAUAUUCAAGGUCCCUCCUGCCUUUUGCUUUAAACUAUUUCUUAAACCCUUUGGCUUUUGAAAAUUGAAUUAGAGCGUGAAAGCUCAUGAUUCCUGCUGCCUUUGCGUGAAGCCAAAGUAGUAGUUUUUGGUGUACUGUGGAGUGAAAUUUUUGAUUGAAAGUCCUUGAAGAUUUUGAAGGCUCUGUCUUCAAUCUUAAUCUUAGUUUUUUAUUGUUUAUACGCUGCUGUUAAUCGUUUAUAUUUGUUCUUGUGUCCGUCAUCUAUUAUCCGCCGAUUAGGAUUAUUUGUUCUAAGUGACGAUGGAUAUAAAGUAUGUAGAAACAAGAUACUUCACUAAUGUUAGUUUAUUGGGAAUGUUCUUCAGCUCUUGCUUGGUCUAACCUUCCAUAUUUGUAAUGAUUGUUUGCGUUGCAUGUUUACAUAUAUGCCUAAACGCUUUACCUCUUUUUAAUUCGUCGUGGUUCUGUAACAGCACCACUAAUUGAGUGUUUGGUUGCAAAAAAUAGGUAGUUUGGGGUCAGGAGGGUGGUUCCGAAUGAUGUUUCAGCAGAAUUUUGCAUGAUUUAAAUCCUUUUGCUAUUUAGUUAUGUACAGUUUAAUUCCGAGUGCAUUUAACGUGACAUCAUGGGAUGUGCUGCUGGGUCAUGACCUUGUGUAAUUUUCUUGGCAGAUGAAGCAAUGGAUUUUCAACCUCGUUUUAAGCAUCGGACUGAACCACAUAGUAUGUUUGGACAGCGGGCUGUUAUGAUAUGGCACAGAUACUUGCGCAGAACACUCCCCUUAUCUUAUUCUUUGGCUAUUAGUUUUCUUGUUUGCCAUUUAUCAAGAGAAUUAGUAUUGCCAACGGAUAUCAUAAAUUGGGUCGUUGAAGGAAAGCUUCCAUAUAUUGCUGCUUUUAUUGAAAUUGAGAAGCAACUUGGAUAUCCUUCCAGUGCAUGUCCUAUCAGUGCCAGUUGUAUGUUCAGACCUACAAAGAUUAUUUCAUUGCAACAGUUAGAGGCAUCGGCAGCUUAUAUUGCUCAGAAGGUAGGUUUGGAAUUGCCUCCAGUGAACUUCCAUGGUAUAGCUUCCCGUUUUCUGCUUCAGUUGUCUAUUCCCGUCAACAAUAUUCUUCGACAGGCAUGCCGAAUCUACGAGUGGUCUGUGCCUCCAGGUUUAUUUAUCUCCACCAACAAGGCCAGGCUACCCACACGUGUAUGUGUGAUGGCUAUACUGAUUGUGACCAUAAGGAUUCUUUAUGAUAUAAAUGGUUCGGGAAAGUGGGAAGAGAGUUUGUCAACUUCCAGCAGUUCAUGUUCUCCCAAAGGAAAUGUAAAUAAACCUGUGAACAGUGCUUUUGAGAAUGCAUCAGAUGAUGAAGACUUUGAAUUGGACAUUAUAUCACUUCUAAAGAUGCUCGGAACUAAGUACUCUAAAAUUAAAGAUCCGCAUGCAUGUUCACGAGAUCUGUCAUCAUAUCUUAAAUAUUGCAAGGAAGUGAUAUUUACUGGUUCAGGCCCAUCCUAUGAAGAUCAUGAUGAGGGAAACAUAACUCAAGAGUUUUGGGGUUUUUAUCAAAAUGAGAGUUUGAAACAGCCAAGAGAUGAAAAAAUGUGCACACAGGCAUGGGAUUUGGGUGGGAACAUAUUUACAGCUUCGAAUAAUGUAACAAGGAAAAGCAAUGAUCUUGAAUCUACGGAGUGUAAUAGCAUCGGAUCGCAAGAUGCUUCAGAAAGUGCUAUGAACCAGACAGGUGGGCCUCAAACUUCAAUUGAGGCUGUAAGAGAUGAAGCAAUAAGACAGCUAAAAUUGGACAUGGAUGAAAACAGAUUUUCCUAUAUUCCACCUAGGCGACAAAUGAAGAAAAUGGGGUACGUUUAUUAUUCCAGGAAAAAGAUGGAAGGCAGCUAUGAGUAUGCUUGCCACGCAGACUAUUACAUCUUACUCCGAGCCUGUGCUAGAGUAGCUCAAAUUGAUCUCAGAAUCCUGCAUUUAGGUGUAAUGAUGUUCGAGAGGAGAUUGAAACAACUGGAGGAAAAGAUGAAUCAGUUUUACCAUGUCAAAAUACCCAGCAAAAAUUGUAGUUCUCCUGCUAACGAAGUUGAACAAAACUACAUGGAUGAAUCCUAGGUUUCCCAAUGGAUGUGAAUAGACGUGUCUGAUUAAAUGUCUGAGGGGAAAAACAGAUUUUAAUGUUCCAUAAAUCCUAUUUUAAGGAAGCUCGAUCCUCGCAUGACCGAUGCCAAUCAGUUAGUCUUCCCGAUGGCUCUAGCCUAGCAAAGUGAUGUACUGGAAGAUUUUACAACUGGAAGAAUUGGCUUAUUGUAAACUCAGGCAGUGAUUCGUAACAUGUUGGAAGCUAGCUGGCCAUGAAGUUGAUCAUGAGAAUGGGGAGAGAAAAAGUGAUUUGGUUGAUGAAUGUUAAUAUUCCUGGAGUAUCACACGAUGGAGAACUAUAGAAGAACAUCGGGGCAGAUUUUAUUUAAGAGUGAAGGAGAUCCUGGAUUCUCUUCUUGCUUUGGUUGCUUUACUCUUUAACUUGAGGAAGUGAAGCCCCCAUGGAAGCUCAAGUAUGUACUUAUGCUUUGAGCACCUUCAAUGGAUUACACUUAUUUGCCAUAGCAUUACUAUACUUGGGUUAAUUUCUCAUACCUUCUAUUACACAUUCUAUCAUGAUGGAUUAUUAAAACAUAAUAGAAUGGACUAUUACAUUAGUACUGUUUAGUUAAUGUAAAUGGUUAUCAGUUAAUUUAUAUAAAUUCAAAGUUUGAAAUUUUGUAACUAUCAUCUUACUUGCAAAUUGAAUUAAUC